UCAGUUGUUAUUUACAGGCAGACUGCUCGCAGUUGUCUGUUAAAAACAUAAAUUUGUGAUAAAUUAAACGCGAUUAAAGAGCUGAAAGUGGUUUGAGUGAAGCAUUAACCAUCUGUGGAACCCAAAACACCUGCGGACUUGAUAUAAACAUUCCAGUUAAAAGCAAAAAUAGCUUAAAAUGCCGGAACAAAUCGCAGAUCAGGAGAACCAGGCGACAGCUGUGCCUGCCUAUAAUCCCGAGGUCCUGCAGGACAUGCUGCCCGUGUACUACAGACGCCUCUUUCCCCACCAGCCCUUCUACCGCUGGCUUUCCUAUGGAUUGACUGAAGAAGGCAUCUUCUGCAAUCGUGAGAUUUCAUUUACUCUACAAGACGACAUAUACAUACGUUACCUGUGCUUCGAAAGCCAGGCCGAGUUGGAGAAGGAGAUCUGCUCGAGGAAUCCCGUGAAGAUAGAUAUUGGCCCCGUGAUGCAUACGAGACCCAAGAACCAUCGCACUGUUCCUGGUGGACUAACCCCUGUGCAGCGAGAGCUGGUCUUUGAUAUUGACAUGACGGAUUACGACGAUGUGCGCACCUGUUGCUCGGGAGCAGGUGUGUGUUUGAAGUGCUGGAAGUUCAUGGUGCUGGCCGCCAGGAUAUUGGAUGUUGCCCUGCGGGAGGAUUUUGGUUUCGAGCAUAUUAUCUGGAUUUUCUCCGGCCGACGAGGCAUCCAUUGCUGGGUUUGCGACCAUCAGGCUCGUCAUUUAGAUGGUCGAGGUCGUUUUGCGGUGGCUGAAUACCUAAAUAUCAUUUCGUAUGUCAACUUCUCGGGCAACAACUCACCCAGAUGUCCCAUGGGCGAUCGGCCGCAUCAUAGUCUGAAAAGAGCCUUGAAAAUAGCGGAGCCCAUGUUCGAGGAGAUCAUCCUGGAGGAUCAGAAUCUAUUUGGCACUCCCAAAGGAGUCACCAAGCUUGUUAAUAUGGUUCACGAUGAUCCGGCAAGGAACGAACUAGAAUCUUAUCUGCAAAAGAACCUGGAGGAUGGAGCCCACUCGCGACUCGUUUGGGAGAGCUUCAUCAAGUAUGCCAACUCGAUGAGAACCUCCACGGCGAACGCUUGGAGUCGGAAACUCAAGAACAUAGUACAGGAAGUGCAGCUGGGGCUGCUCUACCCGCGUCUGGACAUCAACGUCACCAGGGGAUUCAAUCAUUUACUCAAAGCACCCUUUUGCAUUCAUCCAGCCACCGGAAAGGUUUGUGUUCCGUUUAGUGUAAGUGCUGUGGCCAAAUUCGAUCCCACCACGGUGCCUACGAUCACCCAGCUUCUCCACGAGAUCAACGCCUUCGAUGACAAGAACAAGAGCCACAUGGAGGCGCCGGAGGACAAGAGCCGCAUCAAGGAUCACAAGAAGACCAGCAUGUUCAAGGGUGUCGUCGUCUUCGAGGAGUUUCUGCGCAAGCUGGAGCGCAGCCAGAAGUCCUCCAGCCUGCAGUUUUGAUUUAUAUACAUAAUUUAAGUAGCUAAGAUAAGAGAAUAUAAAGAAGUAUAAAU